UCACAACAAAAGUCCCCGCCUCCAGCCUAUUCACAAGAAGACACUCAAGUCAAACUGCAGUUGGCUCCACGUUGAGACUCACAACUCGGUCAGCAUCUCUCCCCGCCGGUUUGUCUCUCAGAGGACAACAGGACACUUCGUUAUCUGUAUUUUCAACAACUUUUACCCCCCCUCACCAUGACGUUCAGGAGGCUGAAGAAGGUGAACUCCAGCGGGCCGGAGACUGGACCCGCAUCUCAAGACAACGACAUUUAUUUCCCCUCGUCAAAGUCGGACAGCUGCAGGACUGUGGAGUUACCCAGUCACUCCUCGGAGGUUUACAACUACAAGACUUUGGCUUAUUCUGGAGGGACGCUGCCCAGGAACUUCAAAAAGGGUGGCGGCCUCCAGAAGUGGAAACCCUUAACUCUGACACCAGAACCACAAAGGAAAGUGGUGGUCCUGGAGAAGAAGGAAGAGGAGACGUUUGGUUUUGAGAUCCAGACUUAUGGCCUGCACCAUCAAGACCAAAACUCUGUGGAGAUGUGCACGUUUGUGUGCAAAGUGCACGAUGACAGCCCGGCCCAGCAAGCAGGACUUAAAGUUGGGGACACCAUCGCAAGUGUGAACGAGGCCACCGUGGAGGGAUUUCGGCACAAGGAGAUCGUUCAGCUCAUCAGAGCCUGCGGCAACUCACUCAGGCUGGAGACGGUUUACAGUGACUCCAUCCGAAAAGCAGAGCUGGAGGCCCGGCUGCAGUAUCUGAAGCAAACUCUUCAUGAGAAAUGGGAUGAGUAUCGGUCGCUGAUGGUGCAGGAGCAGAGGCUUGUUCAUGGCAUUGUGCUGAGUGAUGCUGCAGUGUACGAGUCCCUGGAGUCAGCCGGUGUGUACGGCAGCCUCGGCACUCCCAGUCCCGCUGCUCAGAGAGCCCUCCGCUGCACCGGCAGCACCAGCAGCAGUGCCAGCUUCCUCAGCACGGCCACCGAGGACGACCCUCUCUACCAGACCUGCAUGUACCAGGUGGACGGCAGCGUGGACUCGGACAACGCAGAGAAAAGCAAAGAGCAGCCGAAGAAGAAGCAGCAACGUCUCCGACCGGCCAGCGAGCUCUUCACGUCGGCCAAGACGCAGCUGACCCGCAGCGCCAGCACACGCAGCUACAUGAGGGGAUCUUCAUCGACAUCGUCCGCCUCGGGGGAGAAGCAGGGAGGAUUCAACUCGCUGCAGAGGAAGCCCAAACCGAAAAGCUUCCGCAGGCGUCUCUUAAAAUUCAUCCCGGGCUUGAACCGACCGCUGGAGGAGGAAGAGAGCAAACUGUGAGCACUGAAACUUCACAGACUUGAGACUUAAAGCACCACUGACUGUUGAACUAGACUGCCAAAGAGUAAAAAAGUCCCCAAAGAGUGAAGAGACCAAAGUGUGAUGGCUCUGCAGUCGCCACAUUUGACCAGGAAACGUGACUGCGUUCUGGAGGCCGCAGUGUUUCACAGCUGUACAUACUUGUUGUUUCCUUUAAGUUAUUUAUUUAUUUUGACAUGUUUGCUUUAUGUACAGAAUGAAGGAUUUUUGAGUUUUUACUGCAUGCACCCACUUUUAUUUUGACAGCUGAAUAAAUAACCCGUUUGUGAUUCCACGACAUUUUGUAAGAGUUUGAUACCUACUUUAGAUGAUUCAAAAUGAUCCUGUUUUAUUUGUUUUCCGCCUAAGUCACGGUUCCUAAAAAUAAAAUAUGUGUCAUUUUCA